AAGGAGUGGGGGAAGAAAGGGAGAGGAGGAGGAGAGGAGAAAGGAGGACGGACACAGACCGGGGAGAGAGAGAUGGUACUUCUUCCCCUGAAGCUGGCUCCGGCGAUGAUCACCUAGCACAGGUCACGGCCAGAAGUAGGUCCCCCCAGCUCCAGAGCCAGCCCUGCCGCCUGGCUCCUCAUGGAGGGCGAUUUGGGGGCCCCCAACGCCAGUGUGCUGGGCGAGCGCUCGCUGCUGGUGGGGAGCAGCUGGGUGGCCGCUUUCCUCUGCUUCAUCAUCCUGCUGACCACGGCAGGGAACUUCCUCCUCAUCCUCCUCAUCGUCACCCAGCGCUCCCUCCGCAACACCUCCAACUACUUCCUGGUGUCCCUCUUUAUGUCCGACCUGAUGGUGGGGCUGGUGGUCAUGCCCCCAGCCAUGCUCAACCAGCUCUACGGCCGCUGGGUGCUGCGGGGUGACUUCUGCUCCCUCUGGUACUCCUUCGACGUCAUGUGCUGCAGCGCUUCCAUCCUCAACCUCUGCGUCAUCAGCUUGGACCGCUACCUGCUCAUCAUCUCCCCCCUCAAAUACAAGCUGCGAAUGACCUCCUGCAGAGCCCUCUGGCUCAUCCUGGCCACCUGGACCUUGGCUGCGCUGGCCUCCUUCCUGCCCAUCAAGAUGGGCUGGCACGAGCUGGAGUUCGAGGUCCGGUCCCCGAACGUCACCUCCCAGGGGGACGAGGACCAGUGCCGGCUGCUGGUCAGCUUGCCCUACGCCUUGGUGGCCUCCUGCCUGACUUUCUUCCUUCCGUCUGCCGCCAUCUCCUUCACCUACUGCCGCAUCCUCCUGGCAGCCCGCAAGCAAGCGGUGCAGGUGGCUUCCCUCGCCUCCAACGUGGCCACUGCCACCACCGACGAGACCGUGCCCCAGGUUCCCUGCGCCCUGAGCCAGGCCGUGGCCAGCAGCGAGAGCAGAAGGUUCGCCAGCAAGCACAGCAAGAAGGCGCUGAAGGCCAGCCUGACGCUGGGUAUCCUCCUGGGCAUGUUCUUCGUGGCUUGGCUCCCCUUCUUCGUCACCAACGUGACACAGGCAGUCUGCAGCUGCGUCCCGGCCAGCUUCUUCGAUGUGCUCACCUGGCUCGGGUACUGCAACAGCACCAUGAACCCCAUCAUCUACCCACUCUUCAUGAGGGACUUCAAGAGGGCUAUGGGCAAAUACCUGCCCUGCUGCCGGCGUUCGGGGGAGCCCCGUCCCAGCGCCAUCUCCCUCUCCAUGAGGAACUCCAACAGCGGACCCCGUGCCGCCACGUCCCUCAAGAACGUCCUCACCUUGCAGGCUGAGACCGACUCGGUUGACUCUGGGGUGCUGGGGAACGAACCCAGCCUGCUGCCGGCUGGCGACGGUCCCACGGUUCUCCCGGCCCCCAGCGCCCGCUUGGUCAACCUUUUUGACAUGGAGCACUCAGACGCGGAGCUGCAGCCCAAGCAGCUCGGCACCCCCGUGGCCUGAGCGAGGGUGUCCCAACGGGGGUUAUGGACCUCUGUGUGCUGGGAAGGAUCCCCCAGCCCAAUGCAAACUGUCUGGAGGGCCAAUUUGCUGCAAGACAUCUCCCUGCCCACGCAUUGCUGGUCGGUACCCUCUUCAAACGCAAUGUGCGUCUCCUUGGAGAAGACGUCGUCACUGAGCACUCCCGCGGGUAGGUUUAAACAGUGCAAAGCCACGUUUUACUGCUGAAUUCAUCUGCCUUGUUUCUCUCUCUUUCCAUCCCUCCUUUGCUCACCGUCACCAAUCCCUCACCCUUCUCCAAGAGCUGCUUCUCGUGACCUUUUCAUCUCCGGUUAGUCUGAACUUGGGACUCCAGACCCUUCCACCAGCCUAUGUCUCCCUAAACUUAAACCAGGGCUUGGUUUUCAGCUUCCACUCACACAGCUCGGCAGAUCACCUCUAUCUCACCAGGUACACCGAGAAGACCAGUCAAAACCACAUCCCGUGACUCACAGACAAGAGGUUUAGGGCUGCUUCAGUCCACAGAACAUCACGUCUUCUUGGAGUUUAAUUUCCUUGCCUGAUUUGGAUUGUAUCUGUCUCGGUUUCCUGUGAAAGCAGUGAGUUGCAACACAGUGAAACCAUCGUGUUUAAUCAUGAACAGCCUGCGCUACAGGGGAUUAAAUUUGAUGCAAAACGUUCAAUGCUGCUUUUUGGAUAUUCAGCAAAGGUGUGGGUGUUCGACUUGUUUGUGGCUCUAUGGGUAUCCUGACAGUAGUAAGUAAGGAGAUUAGCUUCCCUUUAGAUUUCAUCCUACAGGUUCCUAUUUUGGGCGUAUGACCAUCAUGCUUGGCUCUGACAAUCCAUCAAUUUUUAGAUGAUGCAAAUAGAAAAUAUACUAUUUUUUCCCCUUCAAAUAAGAAUCUAAAUGAAUAUUGUCUUUUAAAUGACAAUGCCAGCUCCCCCCUUCCCCCCAGCCAUAAGCAGAGAGAAUAGUGAGUAAUGUGGUAAGCGGGCACUUAAAAAAAAAAAAAACAACAAAUGCUUUUAGCAAAUUCUUCCUCAAGUGCCUUUCAGAUGCAGAGAUGGGUUGGUAGUUGGUUGCUGUCCCCUCCCUGGACUCGUACCCUCCAAGCCUUGCUGCCUGUUUCUGAGCUCACACUAAUGAGUCUGAUGGUGCUCCCGAAGCUCACGAUUAUACAAAUGAGUACAAAGCAUCUGUAGGAUAUGGGAUGCUGGAAGAAGCAGCCACGUGCCAAGCAAGUCUCAUUAGGUUUCUUUCCACGUUGCCCACAUACGUUCCAGAACUGAACAACAAGUGUUUUUAUGACUAACUUGUCAUUUAUUUGGUACAAAUCCCCUUG